UCGCUGAACCGUUCCAAAGAUCCGCAAUCCUAGAGUGGCAAUGGGUCUGCGCCCGAAGACCUUACCGGCAAUUAACAAAUUAGAAUAUUUAAACAAAUUGAGGGUGUUAGGAACACACUAGCGCACGGCCGCUGUCUACAUGGCCUCAGUAUAAAUAGUUGGGCCGCCUUCAGUCAGUAGAACGUUGGCCGCCGAGCAGUUAGGUAGGUGCGAGCUAGCAUCACUUCCGAGCGUACGAUGAGUGAAGUGGAUCGCGAUCUGGUCCAUCUCUGGCACCGAUGCGAGCCUGAAUAGUGCGGUGACAUGUCCUAGUCAUGGUGAAGGUUCUGUUCCUGAGGGUGUUGAUUAUGUGUAGUUUCGCCUGCGUGGCUCCUGCGCCCUUCUUGGAACAGCCUGACCACCAAGAAGUGGUGGCCCCAUUGGACCCUUUGGAGGACCCAGCAGCUCGAAGCGAACGCAGCACCAACCUCUCCUUUGUCGCUGGCUCAGCGCGAAGGAUUCAGAUGUUCAUCAAGAACCGUCACCUCCAAAUUCUUCCUGAUGGCACUGUCAAUGGUACCACUGACGAUACCAGCGUUUUUACAAUAUUGCAAAGAUCCACCGUUGGCAUUGGCCAGAUGAAAAUCCAGGGAACAGCCUCCUGUCAAUAUUUGUGCAUGGAUGCUUGUGGACUACUAUACGGAUCGAAGGAGUUUGGAGAUGAAUGCGUGUUCAACGAAACAAUUGAGAAGCACUACUACAACACAUACUCCUCAACAAAAUACUCAAACGAAAAACGUACAUUUUACUUAGCUUUAAAUAGGAGAGGCCAGCCAAGGAAGGUGAUGUUGAAAGCAAAGCAACAACUGGGAAGGCUGUCUUCUUACACUAGAGUAUUAACGCGCUACGUUUCCCCAGAACGUACAGAAGAAUUGAACCAUAUGAGACACCAUGCUCAUACCUGUGCACCAAGCGCAAAUUCGAAACUAAGACUGUUAUCCUCACAUAAAGACCCCUCCAUCGAAUUUCCACGAUGUCGAAAGCGAAAAAAGCGAAAGAAGAAAAAACGAAAGUGUUUACCAUCUGAAACCGAGAACGAGCAUUGCCUUAGUAAUAAACAAUCUAAUAGAAAAUUGCAGACUCAUGUGAAAAAGUGCGAUAGUGAUGACAGUUCCGAGUGCCAAAGAGAAACGAACAAAAGAAAAAAAUUAAAUAGUGAUAAACACGAUAAAGCGAACGGUAACGUGAAAAAAAAGCCGAAAAAGGGAGGUAAAAAAAAAGUGAACGUUGUGGUUAGUUCUGAAGCGACAGUGACUCUAGAAGAAGAUUCGACCCACGAGGCUGAUUAUGGGAUGGAGACAAACACACAUAUGGAUUUCGACGACACCACUGCUCUGCCCCUUCUUGAACUUACCGAGCCUUCUAACUCUCAAACACUUUGACUCAACGUUCAUAAUUUUCAUUUUUAUUUAUUUCUACUAUUUAUUGUAUUUUAGUUGUAUUUAUUGUAAAUAGCAUUGAUUUUGAUUAGAGCUGCGUGAAAAGUAUCCUAGACCCGUAUGGGGCUCAGUAUUAAUAUGAUAAUCAAAAAUGUUCAAGUUUGUGUCUCUUCGAUAACUUAUCCAGAAAGGGUUCAUAUUAAAACCAUUCCACAUAUGAUUCAAAUAUUCAUUUCGUUACUACGAAGAAAGUGACUAUUCUGAAAUAUUUAUUUAUUCAUAUUUCCAGAAUCAGUCUGAAAGUCUGCAAUUUAUGUAAUUAAAAUAAUAUGGAAAUAUGGAAUUUCCCAUGAAGCUUUCCGAAUCCUGAUUAAAUUGAGAGUAGUAUACCAGUUCAGAUUGAUAGAAAGGCAGUAAAUCAUGGAUCGUCAAUAAGGAAGAUUGCUUUUUCUCAACUAAACUGUGUUUCAGAAUACUUCCAGCACAGUUCUUGAAAAAAAUUGCUCAGAAAUGCUACAAAAAUAAUUGGAUACGUUGACGUUGAUCAUGAUAUAUGCUUGAUCCAUAGUUGUUUUUUAAGAUGGAAUUAGCAUUUGCUUGACCAAGAACAUUGAUUUGUUGCAUGUUUAUAGUCAAUUAUUUUGUUGAUUUGAACUGGUUCUAAUACGAUUCAGAAUGCAACACGAGAUCUAAUUAACGAAUAUAAAAUUUGAUGAUAAUCGAUUCAACGACUUUACAAACUUAAACCGUCAUAGUCAUUAUUUCUUUACAUCUAACCUGUAUCUGAUUCUCGUGUUUAAUGAUUGGGAUUUCAAUUAGAAAACUCUCCUGAAAUGUUGUGUAGGUGCCGUAUACAACGAUGAGGAAGAUGUUAACACUUGAAGACCUGUCCUGUUGAUUGAGUGAUUUAAUUUUCUGGAGUGAUAAUGAAAUGGUUCUCAUUAAAUUGAGUAUGAGAAAUUAUCUGGAUUAUUGGGUGUCUAUCUGGAGGAAAUAAGUAGAUUUGCAAUUGUCAUUUAUCCUGUUUUUAAAUCCAAAAUAUUAUGUAUCUACUUGUUAUUCUUCUUUUGAAAUCCGUCCAUUUUUGAUAAGUCUUUUAUUCUUCCUACGCCAGUUCUGUAAUUGAAAAGCCAAUUACAAAUGUUUCGCUCCCUGGAUAUUUCUCAAUUUUCGAAUAUCCUAUACUAAAUGGUAAUACUUUGGUUGCAGAUCAGCUUAAUGCUUCGAGGGGCUUACUAGGAAUAUGAAGAAAUUGAAAGAUGCAAAUGAAUCCAUGACAAAUAUGUAUAUCAAUUAUUGCGACUUUCACACAGCUUUAAUAAGUGUACCUCGCAUUAAGAAUUCAUAUCGAUCUUAGCUGGAUCAAUUGAAAAAAUUUCCUGAGAUGAUAUUGUGAAUGGUAUUUUCACUAUCAUUUCUGGAAAUUGAACAUGAUUCAACGCUGCGAUUCGAAAUGAAAAUGGAGAAAAUCUUGACAGCAUGAGUCAGUUUUUCCAAUAUUUGAAUGAAUGGAAAACAUAGGAAGGUUUUGGAGUAUGUACCUAGUUUCAAUUCAACUUUUUCCUUUAAUGAACGGAUGAAAGUACGUUCCUUAGUAACUAGAUGCAUUCAAUUUUAUAUUAAUGAUUAAUGCUUACCAAAGAAUUGAAACGGACUCUAAAAUGAUCAGAUGUUAAUAAUGAACUUUAGAUUAUAGAAUGAAAAACAGUAUAGACGUGCUAAAAUUAUAUUAUUUCGACUAUUUAAUGAUGGAGUUGUAGAAAAAUGAGAUUUGAAUGAAAGGUGCAAUGUUAAUUUUAAGGAAGAGAAGUAUUUGAGAUGGAACAAUAUUAACUACGAUAAAUAGAACGAAAUGCUUAGGUAGUAGAUGUAAUGAUUGUUUUGAAAAAUUUUUUAAGUAUUCCAAAAUAUUCAGCUCUAUAUUCAGUAUUGAAUUAUUGUACCUUAGUAACAAGUAGAGAAAAAUGUCACUUAACAAAUGUAACUAAAUUAGAUUUAAUUAUUCAAAUAUACUCAUUGAAUUGUGAUAGCAUCUAAAUACACCAAAUAAAUUACUGCCAACUAUCACAAAAACCCUUUUCUUCAUGGCAACAAUCUUAUUCCCAAAAAUUCAAUUUUAAUAAGGAUAGGAACUCUAAUCACAAAAUGACAGAAGUCAGUUUCGAAACAAUCGAAAUUUGUAUUAUUGUAUUAUAUUAAUUGAAUAAAAGCUGAUGAAGAGAAGGGUUAAGGUGAUUGAAAUUUCAAAGUCACAUUCUCUGAUGAAAGUUAAGAAGACAAUUGAACGAAUUAUCCCAGAAUAUGCAUGAAUUGAACUAUUUGUGAAUGCUUCUUAGAUAUUUAAUAGAGCUAAAAAGACAAACUAUUCAAUUCAGUCUGUUAGAUAGCUAUGAAACUAUAUUCAUUUUGUUUUCAUCUUAAAAAUGGAGAAUAGUUUAUAUAUUAAUGUUCAACACAAUUGUUUUUGUAGAUAAUUAUAUCGAAAAUAUAUUUUUCAAUUUGUACUUUUGCAAAAUGACUACAUAACUACUUGAAGCAACAUAAUGAACCAAUCAAGAGCAAUGUUUUACAAUACAUGAUCAAUAAUUCGAUAAUAGUAUUUGUAAAAUCAUUUCUCCUGUAUGUAAAGAUUUUCACAUGAAAAUAAAAGAAUAGUAA